AUGGGCAGCUACGAGUGUGAUUCGUGCACUCGCUGCUUCAACUCUUGGCGCAGUUGCAUCCAGCAUAUGAACGAUACGGGCCACCGGCGAUGGCCUCACGAGUGCGAAACCUGCGAUACGCGUUUUGGCACCAAGCGAGCUGUAGAGCAACACAUGGAGGCUAAGGGUCACUUUACUUAUCCUUACGACUGCGAGACUUGCAACGAUUCCUUCCGUUUCGAGGAUGAUCGCGAUGAGCACCAGGAGGAAGGAGGCCACUACAAGCACCUCCACUGUUCUGACUGUGAUCGUUACUUCCAGAGUUCCAACAACUUGGCUCAGCACAUGAGAAGUCGCGUCCAUCAAGGCACUUCUAUAAAAUGUCCAUUCUGCAAGGCUUCCUUUGUCACGGCCAGCGGCGUCUCACACCAUCUGGAAACUUCCUCCUGCCCCAAAGCCAAGAACCUCUCCAGCAGCGUCAUCCACCGUGCUCUUCGUCAACGCGAUCCCAACGGCGUCAUCACCGAACGUCUGCUUGAAUGGCACGAAGGCAACACCAUCAACUCAACUUGGAACCCCAACUCUGCUUACAAUGGCAGUGGCUACGAGUGUUGCAUUUGCCACCGCGAGUUCAGCACCUCCAGAGGCCUUAAUCAGCAUGUCCGCAGCCCUGUUCACUAA